AUGAAUAAUAUUAAAAAAUGUAAAGAAGAUAUUAAGAAAUGUAAAGAAGAUAUUAAAACGAAAUUAGAUAAAGGUAUAUUUAAAACAUAUGCAAAACCAAAUACAGCAACAGCAACUUGGUGGAAAAAUUUUCUUAGAAUUCAAGAUGAUAAAGAAAAUAUUAUACCUUAUGUUCAAUGUGUUAAAUGUUUUUCAAUUUUUGCUUAUGAUUCAACUAAAACUGGAUCUAGUACUCAUAAAGCACAUGCUGAAACAUGUCUUGGUGGUAUUAAUUGUAGUGUAGGUAAAAGUAAAGAUAUUGUCUCAAUGCUGAACAAAGAAAAUUUUAUACCAACUAGUUCAAAACGUUUAUUUACCGAAGCAUGUGCUACAUUUUGUUCGUACGAUUUACGUCCAUUUGAAAUAAUUAAUGGUAGUGGUUUUGAAGUAUUAUGUCAAAGUCUAUUGGAUAUUGCUUAUAAUAAUUCUUGUCGAAUUAAAGCUAGUGAUAUUAUUCCUGAUCCAACAACAAUAUCAAGACGCGUGAGAAGUUUAGCUGAAGAACGUCGUGUAGAAUUAAUUGAAUCAUUAUUGUCUGAUCUAAAAAUGGUGAAACUAUUUGGAAUAACAACUGACUUUUGGAAGAAUAAGUUUUCUUCAGAUAGUUAUUUAACAAUUACUAUACAUUAUAAUAAAGAUGGAAAUAUGAUGAAUCUCGUGUUGAAGACUGUUUUAGUUAGCGAAUCUAAAACUGGAGAAAAUACUAAGAAGAUGAUAUGGAAUAUAUUAAAAUCGUUUGGUAUAGAUCCUGAUGUAUUUCAAAUUGUUUACGUCACUGAUAAUGGCUCCAAUUUGAUUUCAGCAUUAGGUGAAGAAGCUCAUUUACGAUGUAUAUGUCAUUGUAUAAAUUUGGUUGUUAAACAAAGUCUUGAUGAAUGUUCAACAAUGAAUGUUUUAAUAUCAGUAUGUCGUGAUUUAGUAACACAUUUUAAAAGAUGUGAACUUCAACAGAAAUUAUCAUCAACAUUAAAACAAGAUAUUUGCACGCGGUGGAAUUCCACAUAUGAUACUUUAUGGUCCAUAUGGUUAAAUUUUGAUGAUAUUGAACAAGUAUUGGAUAAUCGAAAUGAAUCAACUUAUCUUGGAAAAAUUAACCGAUUGAUGGUAAAAGACGUUACAGAUUUACUUGCAAUUUUUAAAAUCGGUAGUGAGAAACUAUCCGCUGAUGAUGUCCCGACAUUACACUCAGUGUUGCCGUGGUUUUACAAAUUUAAAAAAUCAUGUGAAUCCCGUGACACUGAUCCAUUAUACAUUCGUGAAUUAAAACAAAAAAUAUUAGAUAAACUUGAUGAUAAAAUAUGGCUGACAGAUAUUCACUAUAUCGCAACUUUUCUCCAUCCAGAAACAAAAUCUCUUUCGACAUUAUCACAAAAAGAACGAAAUGCUGUUGUACAAUCAGUUAAAAAAAUGAUGAAAACAAUAGGAAUUGUUGAAGAAUCACCUGAUUUAACAAUAACUAUUGAUAAUGAUAGAAGAAAAAAUAAACGAAAUAAACGUGCUAAACGUGAUGAUAUAUCAGUUGAUGAUAUUUUAAAAGAAUUUGUAGCAAAUGAUACAGAUGACGAUGAUGAUGAAGUCUAUGAUGAAGUUUUAGAAUAUAUGAAAAUGAAAGUCAAUUAUCAAACAGGUGAAAAUAUAUUGUUAUGGUGGACGAAGCAUACAUCUAUUUUUCCACAAUUAUCACGUUUGGCACUACCACUUCUUUCAAUUCCAGCAUCAUCAACUACGAGCGAACGUGUAUUUAGUGAAACUGGUCGUAUUCUAGAAGCACGACGUCAACAACUAACUCCAGAUUCACUUGAUUCACUUGUUUUUUUACGUAAUUUUAGAUAA